GUGCUGGCCAAACGCAAACGAGAGAUGUAUGGUCUGUCCGUAUCAUGCCGGAAAGCGCAGAUGGAUUGAUCAUCGCAACUUGUGGUGGCUUUACUGUUUGUAUCAUCCACGUGGAUCAAGAAAAGACGGUGAUGCGCUACACUAAUCCGGAAGACUCAUUUUUCUGUAGCCUUGCUUGGUCUAAGCCACUGCGCACGACUCUUUCGGAAAAUUACAAAACUACUUACAGUCUCUCGGCCGAAGGCUAUUGCAUGUUAGCGGCUGGAACAACGAACGGAGCCAUCCAUUUGCUGCUCCCAAGUUGUCUUCUCUGCGUGGAUCUACUGCAGCGGCACUCACAAGUCGUAACGGCUCUUCAGUUCCACCCAAAACAUAAAACUUUGUUAUUAAGUGGAAGCGCAGAUAAAACAUGCAUAGUCUGGAGCAUCUCGCUGCUCACCAGCGACAAACAGGCUACUAAUACAGUAGCUUUGAAGAUAAUUCAGGUGGGGGAUGAGAUCGCUUCGCUUUGCUUCACUGAUGAUUUUUUCGUUAUUUUGGGAAAGGGAGGCUUUGCCGUCCAAUACUCUGCUGAUCCGAAGAAUUUUUCUCGCCAGCCCUCAUCCAACCCUUUAACUUGUUUUCGCAAUCAUUUCAUCUUGGUUGAUUGUGUGCGAGGAUUGCCCCAAAAUCAAAUAAGUUGCAUUGUUACUAAAAAAAAAAGUUCCACCGUGCACCACCUCAAAGUGGUGGAUCUCUCGUCUAGUAAAGUGCUGAAGAGAUUUUACUUUUACGGUGAUGCUCACGAGUAUUCCAGUUUUUUUGUUAAUGAUGAUAUUUUAGUGCUUGGUGAUGAAAAAGGCAUUCUCUAUUUGUAUUCCCUGCAAGAGGCUCUCCUUCGCACUGUUAAGCCGUUUCAGACUCUCAAGCAUUCAGAUAAAAGACUCACUUAUGCUAUAAGAGACGUCGUUAUCAACGCUACGAGCGACACUAUAGUUGCCGUUAAUUCUAAUAAUAUGGUGAUGGUUUGGAGGGCAGUAAAGGCCUUAACGUAGUUUUAAACAACUGCGCGGAUCCCCCUUUACAACUCCUUACAGGGUCCAACCUACUAAUUUAAAUUUAUAAAUUUAUACCAAUAAAU